AUGAUACUAUCAGAGCAAGCACCACACUUCUGUUGGAAAAAGAGAUUAUCUCACAAAUUCUACUGUGAAAAACUAAUUCAAGAAAUACCACCCAAACCUGCCAAGAAAAAAUCAAGGAAGAAGAUUGCUUCAGAGAAUGUGCAAGAGUUGCCUAUAGAAAUCAGGAACCGGAUUGAAGAGCUGAAUGGUACCAAUACUCAAUUUCUCAUGAGCAAGAAACUCUACAACACUGACGUCAAGGCGAAUAACAAUCGUCUGUCUAUGCCGGAAAAUAGUAUCAAGUGUGAGUUCCUCACUGAAGCUGAGAAAAAAAGCACUGCUGAACAGCAAGGUGUGGAUGUGACUGUGUUGGACCCAGGUCUCAGAGAACACUCUUUGGUCUUGAAGAAGUGGAAGAUGAACAGUGUCUUCGUCUACAAUCUGAUCAAGAAUUGGAACAAGGUUGUAUCUGAGAAUCAUUUCCAAAAAGACCAUGAACUCCAAAUUUGGUCUUUUAGGGUCAAUACCAAACUCUACUUUGUACUCAACAAAGUCUGA